AUGGCGAACUCCCCUCUUGUUGCGCGUCCGACCGAUGCGCUUCAGCCCUCGAAAUCCCUCCCGACAUCCAGCGGCGGCACCCCUAGCGGAGGACUCCCGCGCUCGGCCCGGGGCCAGCGAAUCGCCGCCGAAGCCCGUCCGACCAUGGAUCUCAUGGAGCAGAUGAACGAAGACGAGAAGAACAAAUACAUCAAGGGCAAGAAACUCGGUGAAGGUACCUACGCCAACGUCUACCUGGGCCACUCGCGCGUCGACGCCUCGGUGAAGGUCGCCAUCAAGAAAAUAAAAGUCCAAAAGGAAUACCAAGACGGCAUCGCCCCCGACGCCAUCCGCGAGAUGAAGUACCUGCAAAAGCUUCGCGGGCACGCCAACAUCAUCAUCCUGCACAGCGUCUUCUCCUCCAAGGACCAGAACCUCAACCUCGUGCUCGAAUACCUGCCCCUCGGUGACCUGGAAAUGCUCAUCCGCGACGUCGACCACGUCCGCUACGGCGCCGCCGACAUCAAAGCGUGGAUGGGCAUGCUCACGCGCGCCGUCUGGUGGUGUCACGACAACUACGUUCUCCACCGCGAUAUCAAGCCGAACAACCUGCUGAUCGCGGCCGACGGUGAGGUCAAGCUGGCCGAUUUCGGUCUGGCGCGGAGCUUUGCCGACCCGGGGGUGCGGAUGACAGCGAACGUGAUUACGCGAUGGUACCGGCCUCCCGAGCUGCUGUUCGGCGCCCGACACUACUCGGGCGCGGUAGACGUGUGGUCGGUGGGGCUCGUGUUCGCGGAACUCAUCAUCCGCAACCCGUACCUGCCGGGUAACUCGGAGGUGGAGCAGAUCGCGCUGAUCUGCAGGGAAAUCGGCACGCCAACGGAGGAGAACUGGCCGGGGGUGACGCAGCUGAAGGAGUACACGGUGCCGAGCGACGUGGUGCCCGUGGCGGGUAAAGAAAAAUACAUGGGCCGGUUCGGCGCGGUCGGGUCCGACGGCGUGGAUCUGCUGGCCAAGACGCUGAUUCUGGAUCCGAGGAGGCGCAUCACGGCGAGGGAGAUGCUGGAACAUAGGUGGUGGAAGGCAGAUCCGAAGCCGACGCCGAAGCACGAUCUGCCUAAGAAGACGGCUGGGGCGGAGGAGAAGGCGGCGGCGGAUUUGAAGAGACGGAAUGGUAUGGUGGAGGAUGACGACGUGCGCGGGUCCAAGGUUGCUAGGAAAUUGGACUUUGGUGCUCGCUAG